ACCCCCGUAAUCCUCUGAUUAAACUUUAAAACGCAGCCUUUACAAAUAUUUUCAAAGUUUAAAUGUAAAUUUAAACAUACAUAUUAUCAAGUUAAAAGAGUGUUAAGUAGUCGAGGAUUAAUGUCCCGUUUUUGGUAAUAACUAUGAUCACGAUGGUCUAUCAAAAACCAACUUGAGACGUUACAAAAAACGAAUACAGAGGUGUAACCAGUCGAUGUUUGUACGCAUACAGCGUUAUUCGUUUUAGAAGAAUUCAUAUAUGAACUUUCACUCCUAUGUUCAGAAAUGAAUGUAUGAAAUAGAAAUAUAUAAUGGAUGAAAUCUACAUUGGGUAGAUUAUUGAUUCCCAUGCAAUUCUACGUAUUGCCACUAUGAAUGACUUUAAAAUGAAAAUUUUGAUUUGUAAGUAGAUCUUAAGGUUAAAAGUCACAAGAAUGGAAUUCAACGUCAAGUAUGAGGUGGGAAUACACAAGAUGCAAAAAGUCACUUUCCCGCCACUUCGAUCAGGAAUUCACGUGAGUCUAGCCGCAAAAGAACCACCGGAAAGAAGUUGGUCGAGAUAUAAAAAAGUUCUUAUAGAUAACCCUAAGGACUCGAAUCUGUUGCAAAGACAGAAACUAUGGAAUUUUCAAAAACUAAAUCGAGGAGCGUUUCGGUCACAGCUGACGUCACUCCCGGAUAUUCCGUACCGUGUACAGCCGAAUCCGGUUGAAAAGGUGAGCGUUGCGGUGCAAGCGGAUUUGUCGACGAGAUUUAGCCAAAAUCUUAAGGUUAUAUUUCCUAAUUUAGUGGAUAAAAGACGGCGUGCUUCUUUAAAUAAAAUCGAAAUAAUCGAAAGUGAUGUGUACGAGGUCAUUGACAAACCAACAGAGGAAAACAUGAAUACGCACGCGUCAAAAGAGUUCGGUGAUUAUUCGGACGAUUUUGACGAGGACAGUUCAACUGAUGAUCCGGGGUUUGAAUUCGAUUCUGUUAUUAGGAAGAAGAAUGCAGGUACAAUGACUGAAGAUGUAGGAAAUGUCAAACCAACAAUGAGGCGAGAAAAGAAAUUAAAAACAUUUCGAGAAAGAAAUAUGUAUACAUAUAAACUUCCAAUUCUAAAGCAACCAGAAAGAAAGAUAUCUCGUUUACAAAAUGAACCAAAAAACGUGAAAUUUGAACAUGAUAUAGUUUCACAGGACACAGAUGAAGAAAAUGAAAACGUAGAGCCCGAGGAGCUACCAAUACCUUCACCUGACGAACCAGAAGAAAUACUAUCAGCAGUAAGCAAGGUUGAAAUUACAGAAAUACCCGAACGCGUGCCGUCUGCUGCAUCAUCAAUAGACAGUAGGGUUCCGAGAAUUCCGCUUGAAAACAUUGGUCCUUCUAGUAAUUCGGCACUAGAUCCAGUCUCUAUUCUUGACUACAUAAGCGGCGGAUUUUCAAACCGUUCUAGGAACAGUGAUAAUGGCGGUAAAAAAUCUAAAAAGUUUGUUUCCGAUCCGGAAGCAGAUCGUGUGUGGUUUGAGAAAAUUGUCGGCGAUAAAGAGAUUAUUGACUCUGGAACAUACGAGAAUUUCGCGCGUUCCCGCCCCAGCGUCGAGGAGCAGACGGACUCAAAUACGGAUAAAUACAAUGACUUAGGAAAAUCUAGUCCAAGGAAAAAUUUUACACCAAGAAUUAAUGACGAAUUUGCAGUGUACCAUUCUGUUGUAGCAAAAUCGUCUAAACGACAAGCAAAUACUGUUAACACGACCGUUACCAAACCAAAAAAUCCUAAACGAGUAAUCAGUAUAGGAAAGUCCUAUUAGUUAAUUCAUAUAACAUUAUAUAACAAAUACAGUAACUUUACUGGCUACUUUCGACUGGUGGUACAUGUAACAAUGAAUAGAAAUUUAAACAAGUUUAACUUUGGACUUCUCAUUUAGCAUGUUCCGCGAUGUUCGUUUUUAUUUGAGUUAAAUUUCCAUCCAUCGUUUCAUAAGGAUACUCUGUUUCGAUGUUAAUAGAUUUAUCAUUUGCUGUAUUAAGGACAUUCGAGUUAACGACAGAAGUAGGUUAUCUAUGGGUAAAAUUACAGUUUCUAGAGGAAUCUGAUUCUUUCAGUUGCCAUUGCCUAAAAAAAGCCAUACUUUAUGCCUUAAGGGACCGAUUUAUAUUUAUAAAAAAUCAUACACUAUAACUAUGUUUUGUAAUUUAUUAAACUGAAUGCAAUAAUUACUUCCCUUGAUCUAUUCAGUUGGAGCUAAUAAUAAAACAUAUUAUAAGACAUUCUAGGAAGUUUACGUUAAAUUGUCCUAAAUUUGCAACAAAAACAAAUUUGACUUGACGAACGUUUUACCAUGAGUACCGUAUGUCCUGGUCAACCAACGAUAGUUUCAAUGAAACUGUCCAACGAACGAAGAUUGUGUUAUUUUACAAAACAUUUCUAUAGACGUAAAGUUUGUACAAGCUUGUAAAAAAUGGUGUCUAACCUUUGGGAAAAAAAUUG